AUGUUUAUGCUCAACCCGGCCGGUCCUCCCCAGUCUGACAUCUCCGGCGGGGUACUCAGGACAUCUCUGGCUUUCUUCGGUGAAAGCAGCAUAAUCCUUAUUCGGAGGACUCAGUUAUUGGUAUUCGAUUCUCAGGUCAAUAGGAACGGGCUAAUCCGGGCAGUGAUCAGCAGUGACGACAAGACUUUGGAGGCUGCUAGUACCCUGGAAAGCAAAGAGAGUAAUGGGUCUUUGUUGACUUCGGGAGGAGGGAUCGAAGUAAGGGCGAUGGUGACUGUGAGGAAGAAAAUGAAGGAGACGAUCACAGAGAAAAUAGAGGACCAGUGGGAGUUCUUUGUCAACGGAUUUGGCCAGGGCAUCGUCAUUCAGCUUAUAAGCGAAGAGCUUGACAUCGGUCAGUGUUUCUUUUCUUUUCUUUUUUUUUUAAAUCCACUUGGCAGCAACCAAGUCAUUUGGUGGAGGUUUUCGGUAAAAAAUGUCUGUGAACCUAGCAUUUUCCUUCUUUGGGACAGUGAAGGUGCUGGUGGUGGUCAUGCUCCAGAUAUCAUUAAAGUAUGUGGUGCAAAACAUAUCCUGCCAUCAUCUACGAACCCCACACGACCUUUUACUUUCAACACUAUAGAUGAGCAUCUUGACAUGCAGAUGGUUUGCCAUCACCUCGAUAAAGAUAUUCCAGAAGACGUUGCAUUUGCUGAAUCAAGGAUAAGGGCCGAAACAAUUGAUGCAGAGGAUAUUUUGCAUGAUAUGGGGGCAAUUAGCAUCAUUGCUUCCGAUGCACAAACUAUGGGUCGCAUUGGAGAGGUGAUUAGCAGAACUUGGCAAACUGCCCACAAGAUGAAGUUACAAAGAGGGUCGAUUGACCCUAGUGGACCAGACAAUGACAAUCUUCGUAUCAAGCGUUACAUUGCUAAAUACACAAUAAAUCCUGCCAUAGCUAAUGGGCUUUUUGAAUAUGUUGGCUCAGUUGAGAUGGGAAAGUUGGCCGAUCUUGUUCUUUGGAAGCCAUCCUUCUUUAGUGCAAAACCAGAAAUGAUAGUAAAAGGUGGUGUAGUUGCGUGGGCUAAUAUGGGCGAUCCAAACGCAAGCAUUCCCACACCUGAACCGGUAAUGAUGAGGCCCAUGUUUGGAGCAUUUGGCAAGGUUGGAAGUGCUCACUCCAUUACUUUUGUCAGCAAGGCAUGAAUCUCUACUUUGCCCUCUCCCCUCUCUCUCUCUUUUUUCCCUCUCUUUCUUUCUUGUAAGU